CGUGGAUUUGUUUUAUGUUGUUUACUAUGUCAAUCGGUUUUUAGGGAUGCAUCGAGCCCCCAAAUUCCCAAUCUUGCGUUCCAUGUGACAGGAUGCGGAUCGAAUGCAUUGCUUGCCCGAUGACAAUAUCCAGUGAGGUGAAGGUAUGUCUUCCGCUAUUGGGUUGAUAGAUUCUCUUAACAAACGGAAUGAUUCACAGAGAUCGGCUAGGGCCCGGGAGUGUUUGCGUGAGGUUAAAAGGCUGGCAGAACCUGGGCGUGCAUGGAUCGGUGUGUAUGAUCACUCAAGACCCCGUUCAACACCGUGAUCACCCUUCUCUGUCUCUGUAUGUAGCACAACUUCCAAAGACUCGCAAGUUCCUUCUAGACUUGCAAUCAAUCCUUGAAGACUCAAUGGGUCAAAGCGUAGCUGAAGGAGGCCCCACCCAGCCCACUGCUGCCUUGCCGGUGGCGGCUCCGCUUCAAGCACCUCAUAUGCUAGAGAGCCAAGCUCCCACCGACUUGCCCAAUGGUGAACUGCCUACUACAGCCGUUUCGGCGAACUAUAUCGACGCCGCGUCAGCUGUUAAUGGGCCUCCCCACGCAUUUCCUGUGGAGAUAGAAGUGCUGCCUGGCCUCCAAACACAAACCCUACCCCACCCUAUCCUAGGAUUGGGGGAUGGGCCCGCUUCCAUUGAUCCUACCCCGCUUAAUAUGACGCCGCUCUUCUCCCAAUUCAACCCUAACCCCGAAAUGACUUUCCAUUUCGAGAAUUCAAACCUUGUGUUGGACAGUAACGUGAUCCAGGAGGAUCUUGCUGGGCCUUCCAGAUCUCGCAUAGUCGAUCCAGAGGCAAUCGUUGCUGCAUUUGAAACUCCUGAUCGUCAACAAGAUAGGUGGUUGGGGACGAACUCAAAUGAGGAUGUUGUCUACUGGCUUCAAGGCCUGGCCCAGAGGUUAGGGUAUCUCCUUGUCCCUCUCUGAGUCGAUGUGGGCGGCGGUGGUUCUUCUGGACUG